AAAUGCAGAAAUGUAGUUAGUUUUCUUCGGUCCAAUGAAACCGCAAAGCAGCAACUGCUUGAAGCUCAAAUGCAUGAUAAAAAUUUAAAAAUGCAGCAUUCAGAAAACCAGGGUUUGGAUAUAAAUGCUGCCACGGACAUCAAAUACCCAUUGAAAGUGAAGAAAGAUAACUCUAAUGAGUGGAUCAGCACAUUCUACAUGCUUCAGAGAAUUUCAACUUUAAAGAAUGUGUUGAUAAAAAUACUUAAUAAUUUCACUAGUUCAUUAGACAUACUAACUAAGAGCGACUGGACGGCCAUCGAAGAAACGAUCGGCCUUCUGAAGGCGUUUGAGGUUGUUAUUUUGGAGCUUUGCAACGAACCCUAUCAGUUUGCUUCUAAGGUUAUUCCAGUUACGUUAGGUUUGAAUUCCCUCAUCAAUAACUGCAAUGCUCUCACGCUGGGUUUCGUGGAAAAAGUGCGGAAAGAUAUUCUGUCUUCCCUGAGGAGGAGGCUUGGGCAAGUAGAGCAUAACUUAAUGUUGGCUAUGGCUACAGUACUAGACCCAAGAUUCAAAAAUAUAGCUUUUCAAUCUGAAGCAGCUGUAGAGACAGCCAUUCAAGAGCUGACCAGUGAAGCGAGCAAGCAGAUUAUUGGCAGUAUGAUGGACACGUCCAGUCCCGAGAAGGAGGUUAAAGAAUCUCGUACAGAUAGCCUGUGGGAGGGUUUUGAGAGGAAGGCCACUCCCAAGAAAGCUCCAUCUAGGACGGAUGAUAUGAUCAACAAUGAAAUCAAAAACUAUCUGGAAGAGCCUUUGCUGGAUAGGAAAAAGGACCCUUUUGUGUGGUGGAAAACGCAAGGCCAAGCUCAAUUCCCUAUUCUAGCAAAGGUAGCUAGACAAAUUUUGUGUGUACCAGCCACCUCCAUACCACCUGAAAGAGUGUUUUUGAAGAAAGGCAGGACUUUCUCUGAAAGGAGACGUCUCAUUAAGCCGAAAUAUGUAGACCAGUUUAUGUUUCUAAAUAUGAAUAUUGAUUAGUUCACGUGUCACUAUAUUUCAGAAUUGGCAUGCAUUUUUUUUUUUAUUUAAAAAAUCAGUAAUUUAUAAUUCAUCCGUGUUGUUUUAUUUAAUUUAUUUUUAAUAAAUCAUUUAGUUGAAAAUAUUUUUAUGCAAUAUUAUUUGUAAAUAUAUUCUUUAGGUUUUUUUUCUUUUUUUAAGUUUGAUUUCACUGAUAAAUAAAUGUUUUUUUUUUCCAAAGAAAUUUAAAAAAGAUGAUGUAUAAAAAUUAUUAUAUUUUAAAAUUGAAUUGUAAAAACAAAAAACAAUUGUAUAAAAGUGGUUAAGAGUGGCUUGGAACGUUUAAAUUAUAAUCUUCCAUUAACUGUAUGUAAAAUAAAUACUAAUAAAUUUGUUUCAAAUAUA